GUUUUGACGAGAAAAGUAAAAAAAACCAACUGAGAUGAAUAUAAAAGUUUCCUCUUGAAAACAGAUCAGCUUCCUCCAUUCUCUACUGACGCAGAUAUGGCGAGGCUAGGAAGGGGGGGGGGGGGAGGGAUGGGCCAGGGCACUGCUGACUAGUGACCUGCUGAGUUGCCAGAAUGGAUCGGUCCUCUUUAUGGAGCAAUGCCAGCUCUGCCGGUGGGUUUUCCUAGGACCCUGCAUGCUCUUCUAAGAAUUAGGUUCUCAACAGAGAUGGACAAGGUCACCUCGUGGCUUGGCCAGUCUUCUUGGGAAAGGCGCAAUGCAUGGGCCAAGCACAAUUCCAAAUGGCCAGCUGUCAAAGAGGAGAUACCUGAUGUUCCAGAGGAUGUACUUGAUCUGAAGAGCCCAAGUUUGGAGAAUGAUUUCCUCCAAGGGAGUUCCUCUAAUGAUGUUGAGAGCUGGCUGGAGGAAUGCAGCUCUUCAGUUGAUCCCUUUCCUGAGAGCAUCUCUGCUCAUUUGGCCUGUGGAUCCUGCAGCAAUAGAACCAGCUUUGAAGAUGAUCUUAGCCUGGGAGCCGAAGCAAUGUUUCUUCUCAACAAAGGCAGAGCUGAGUCUGGGUUCCCAAAAAAUAGCAGAUGGUCUUCUCAGCAUAUUAAUCUGGAUCAUAGCAUGGCUUCCAGUGCCAUCUCGAGUAGCACAAACAAGACUACCUCCAGUAUCUCAGAAGUGUUGGACCUUUGUGAAGUGGAUGUGGAGACAAUCCUCUGCAACUUGGGCUUCAUCCAAGAGGAGCCACAAGCCACAUCUUGGAUCCCAGCCCGGUUCUUCUCAGUUCCAUCUCAGGCCAAGGGCAUUGAUUUCCAGCUUUUCCUGAGAGCCCAGGUGCAACGGAUUGAGAUGGAAGAUCCUUGCCUGAUCUUAGCAAGUCGGUUCAAGCAGGUCCAGACUCUGGCUGUAACUGCAGAUGCACUCUUCUGCCUCUACUCUUAUGUAUCUAAGACUCCUGUGCAGAAGAUUUCUCCUGCCAAAUUGUUCUGGGAUUUCCCUGAAAUACCAGAAUCAUGGAAUGCUCCCUCCAACCCCGACACUCUCUCUCCACUCCAACGCCUGCAAAGAGCUGUUUCCAGGAUGUGUUUGUACAUCUCACCCCAAAAGAGAAGGCUCUCAGGGGCAUCCGAUACACAGGUUCCCAUGAGCUGCUUGGAACAGAUUGUACAGGAAGUGAUGGCAAAGGCUUUCAAAGACAGAUUGGAUAGGAUUCACAUAGUGGCUCCUGAAGACCCCACCAAAAUGGAGAGCGCUUCUUCAAAAUCAGUUAUGAUGGACUUGACUCCUGUGGCUCCUGCCUGUUUCUGCUGUGAAGGUCCAGCUCAGUCUAAGGAAAAGAUAGAUCUCAUCUUGCUGGGCUUACAACCAUGGCUUGCCUCUUCCACUGAUGGGACCAACAGGGAAAGUCCAGACAUUGAUGGUUAUCAAGAAUUCGUCCACCAUCUUUCUCCACCACCAGAAGAAAGCAGCAAGGAAUCAGAUGAAGAGUCUUCUGAGUCAACAGAAAAGGGCUCUUCUGGAAAGAAAGUGUGGACUUCUUGAUAGAGUUGUUUCAACAUUACAGUUAAGAAGGGAAGAGCAGUUAGCCAUAACAUUGGCAGGUCAAAUGACACUUUAGCAGUGGAAGGACAGUGUGGGUGCUUCAGACUGUAGUCCUUUAUUUGCACUAGGCCUGGCCUACCUUACUGUAAAGGGCAUAGAAAUAAUGCUAGUGGGUUUCCCGAAAGAAACAUUUAAAUGCUGUGUGCUAGUAUUGGACCAAGUUGGGGGGGGUGUGGACUUGAUGUCUCAUGUUGUCUCUUCCAAUUCUAUGCUUCUAUGAGCCUGUGAAAUGGUUUUGAGGACACCGAUUCCAGAAGUCACCCAGCUUUUUGAGUGGUAAGAGAUGUAUAUCUCAGAAAAAGAAGGCUGGCUUAUAACGUACCUGAUCACUGGUUCUUCUAGCCCGCUUUGAACUGGCUGUGCUAGGGAUCAAAUCAUGAGCUUCCUGCACAUGACAAAAACAUUUUGCUGUGCUAGGUCCACAAUUUUGUUUCAGCAAGAUCACUAAGGUUCCUGCAAUAUUGUUCAGCACUCGAGAGAACAGAGGUUGAUAUAAUAAUAAUAAUAAUAAUAAUAAUAAUAAUAAUAAUAAUAACAACAACAACAACAACUUUAUUUUUAUACCCCGCCCCAUCUCCCUGAAGGGACUCGGGGCGGCUUACAUGGGGCCUUGCCCGAUACAACAAUAUAAUAACAAUAACAAAACAAUAACACAAUUAUCCCAACAAUAAAAACAUCAGCAUCAAUAAAACAGUCAUUAAAAUCAACAUGCAGCAUAAAAUGUUAAAAACAGGAGACUAAUUCAUAGAUCUAGGCCAAAGUGCAGAAUAUUCUGAAAUGGGGAGAGGUAGUUUCACAGCUAAAAUGGACAAUAAAGUGCAAUGUAAUAAUGGCAACGCAUCAACAAUGGAGCUAUUUUAGAAUGGGCAGAUAAAUCAAACCCACAACAAUUAAUCUGUCCAUGGAAUUAGCUUCCUCAGUUUCAGGAGGCAUAGAACACAAAAAUAAAACUUCUAUCACCCCAGUUGUUUCAGGAGCCAUAUUGUGUUGGGUUAAACAGAACAAAAGGUGAAGAUGAGGGAGACUGUAGAAUGUCGGCUGGGGUUUUAAAAACUUUUUAAUACAAUGACAGCUUUUUUGAAUGACUUCAAUAUGUUUUGCUCUUCUGCCAAUGGAAUUUGGUUUAUUUAUUCUUUUUUGAAGAUAUUUUGACAUUUCAAUAUGCCUUUCAUUUAUGGUAAUUUUUAGUGUUCCUUGAAAAAAGUGUUCUUUUUGUUUGAAUUAUUGUUAGGCACCCUCACAGUAAUUUGCUCUUGGUGAUACCUUCAAGUAGCCUAAUAAUAGUCAGCAUAUAUACUGAUGUGUGUAUCUGUGAAGUUAUCUGUGAUGUUGUUCCAUUCACUGUGUGAUCCCUGUUUGUUUGGGACCAACUAUGUGGCCAAUUUGGGGGUAACAAAGCAGGAGUGGGAGCAGUUGCAGCAAAGGAAAAGUAACAUUGAAUGAGAUUGUGGGGGAGGAUCAGCAUUCAGACAGCCAACAGUGCAGUUUUAUACACAUCUCUUGUCACAUUACAUUCAAUGUGGUCAAUUCUGUAAGUAAUCAUCGAUACACUUGUUUAGAAUGAGAGUACAGUGUUCCCUCACUACUUCGCGGUUCACUUUUCGCGGAUUCACUGUUUUGCGGUUUUUCAAUAAACUCUAAAAGACUACUAUAAAUCAUAAAAAAUUAAAAUUUACAGCCUAAGGAAGGGAGGAAGGAGAAGCCAAAGGGAGAGGAAAAGGAGCCCAAGCGGCAAGGGGAGGAGAAGGAGGUAAUUUAUCAACACACGAUUGGUUGAUAAAGACUUAAAAUAGUGUAUAACUACUAAAAUAAUGUAUAAAUAUUAAAAUAAAUAUAGUGUCCCUAUUUUGCGGAUUUUCACUUAUUGCAGGUGGUCCUGGAACCUAACCCCAGCAAUAAGUGAAGGAAAUCAGCAAUAAGUGAAGUUCUGUAACUCAGAACUUCAGUGUAUACAUACUGCACAUAGAUUGGUAUUGUAAAUGUUUUGGGGGCAAAUGGUUUUUGCUCUGCCAAAACUGCUGGUUUUGACCCAAAUUAAUCUAAAAUUGGAAUAUAGGUGGUUUGCUUCUUUUUUUCCAAUUGAAGGGUGAAUUCAUACUUUUAUUAAUAUAGGUAAGACUUCAUCAUGAAAGAGCAAAUUCUACUAUCAUCACUUUUAAUUUGUUAGUUGCUGGUUCAAGCUUUGUUGAAAAACUACUAAGUAGUUGUAACAUUGAAAAAUCACUAUGAAAAAUAUGCCAAUAUUUUUAUCACCACUCAGUGUUGGUCACUAUAUAAAGAAUAUAGAACAGUAGCAGCUUCCAUGUCAGUGAGUCAGUGAUUUUUUGCAGCGUUUUAGUCCACACUUGAGAGGAGCUAUCCCUUAGUGAACUCUUUCCCCCUACCAAAAAAAAAAGGGGGGGGAUACACCUCCUUUACGUUAGGAAUAAAACUCAUCACCCAAUGAUAUGGAAACAACCCACCAACCAGUAGAAAAAGGAAACAAGUUGCCUGUGUUGGCUUAGCACUCAUAGUUACAGGACUCUUGGGAAGUUUGUAACCAAUUCCAUCAAGACUGUGAUUGCAUGUGUUCAACCAAAGAGAGAACCUGCCUGCUUGUGCUGAAAUGUGAAAGGCAAUUAAGCAAUUAUUCUUGGAGCUCUACUGUCUAUGGUAAAACACUUCUGUUGUUGACCUUAGUUUUUGAAGCAUUCCCCACUUGAACUUAAUCUACAAAGGCUGGGAGGAGGAAGAGUAAAAGCAAACAUGUUACUCAAAGUAAUCUUUUUACAUCUAAUCCCAACUUUAUUGGUGUAACCAUGCAAUAUCAUUUCCAAAUUGCUUGCCAAAGGAUUCAUGUUGAGGUCAGUUAGGUUCUUCUGUCUGCCUGAAUCCUAUUAGUCGCCUAAUAAUCCAAGCAGCAUACUGCUACUGCCCAGACCACUAAAUAGCCCGGCUUGCUGUUGACCUAUGCAGCCCCGAAAGACAGUUGCAUCUGUCAAGUAGGGAAAUUUAGGUACGCUUUAUGCGGGAGGCUAAUUUAACUAAUUUACAAUAUCAUAAAACUGCCAGCAAAACAUGAGGAAAGGUAUGAGGAAGUACAGCCACUAGUGGACAGUGAAGCAACAACUCCCCCUGUGGCCGGAAUCGUGAAGCUGGAAAAAAAAAAGUUAAAUGCCUCUGUGUCUGUCUAUAUAUGUUGUUUGUCUGUUGGCAUUGAAUGUUUGCCAUAUAUGUGUUCAUUGUAAUCCGCCCUGAGUCCCCUUCGGGUGAGAAGGGCGGAAUAUAAAUACUGUAAAUAAAUAAAUAAUAGUACCAAAAGAGUUAAAAUCAGUUUUUGGCCAACUUUAGAUUCGGUUUGGUUAUUUGGAGUGCUGAUUCAGAAAACUGCAUUGGAUAGACCACACCAGCUCUAGUUUCUGAUACAGAACAUAUACCAUCCAGUAGUCGCCAUCUGCUCGCCCACAGAAAACUAUAUUUAAUAAUAUAGAGCUGAUGUGGUCUAUCCAAUGCAAUGGAUAGCUUUGCAGAAAUUUAAAUAAUUAAACUAAAUAAAUAAAGAGGAAAGGGGUUUGCAGACUGUAUUUUUGUUUUUGUGGCCCACUGGUUAAGAACCACUGCUCUGUUUUAUGUUUUAGGGUAUUGUUAUAAGUACAUAGAGAAAAUAUUACAUUAGGGAUACCAGUAGUCUGACUUUGAACAACGCAACUUAAGAUAUAGGUUAAUCCAUGCAAUUGAGCUGCUGCUGGGUUUUGUGGCUGUCUAGUCACUUCUGAUAGGAGUUUCUAAAUUCUUGGAGGCUAAAAAAUAUGAAUAUUACCAACUGACCUGUAGAAACCAAGGCAAAGGUGAUUCCUGCCAACACAAGGAGGACCCAGAUCUUCAUGAUUGCAAAUGUUGAGAGAAAACUCAGAGACCAAGGGAGAGAAGUUAGCAGAGUAAGUCAGUGUCUGAAUAAAGUUUCUUUCUUCAUAACAAUAUGAAACACCAAUCAAAAUUGCUGGGAGAGCUGACAUCAUGCCAUACAGAGAUCAGCAAAGGAGACUCAGCUAUUGUUUUUCAAUCUGUGCCUCAGUUUUAGCAGAAUAGCCUAAAACUAACUGUGUUUGAUGAUGAUGAUGAUGAUGGUGAUGAUGAUGUAUCCUCCUCAAGUUUUGUGAUUACUGGCACAAUCAUAAUUAAAGACAUUAGUGGAUGGGAGGGUAAGGGUAAGAAUGGAAAGUAUAUUAAUAGUUAUUUGUUCCCAGGUGAAAACAACAGAAUAAUACACUUGCAAGUAUUUUAA